AUGCAAUUUAAGCUGCGGAAUUUGCUGGAGAUCGGGACGCUGUGCACAUCGGCCUUAUCGUUCUUUGGUUACGGCGGCAAGGGCCAUAUCACUUAUCACCCAGCUCAGCCCCCAUCCUACCCGUUAGCAGUACGAAAUCCCUAUUUAUCAACAUGGAUGCCAAGUGAUCGAGUGGAGCGGCUUCCUUAUGCCGAUUCUCAGUUUUGGGCUGGCCAGGAGCUUGGCUGGUCGGUGAUCGUGCGUGUGGACGGCCAUGCAUACAGCUUAAUGGGCGUUCCCGAUUUAGAGGACAGCGGUAUCCGUGCAGCAAGUGUUCAUCGUGCGGAGUUCACGGCAACCCACUCUAUCUUCCAUCUCACGACUGGACCGGUUUCAUUUGCCCUAGACUUCUUUUCUCCUGUUUCGCCAUCAAACUAUGAGCGCCAAUCGCUGCCUUUCAGUUAUUUGACUGUCGAAGUGACCAGGUCGCAUGGGCAUGACAUCCAAAUCUACACUGAUAUUGAUGGCAAAUGGACGGGCAAACAAAGUCGUGCUACGCGAGUGUUUGAAGAACACGGUGAUCUGGCUAUUCAUUUGCUUUUAGUUGAUAACGCAGAAAAAUACGCGGAAGAAGAUGACAUGGCAUUAUGGGGUCAAGCCAUUCUAGCGUCUCGUCCAGAGAGAAGGAGUUCUCUCUCCGCGGGUGCCGGGCAUCCCCAGACCGUUCGGAGACUUUUUGCCGACGGGGGCGAUAUAUCAGGAGAAGACUCAACCUGGUCUUCUGGAGGUAUUGUAGCUCUAGCCCAUGAUCUGGGAUCUGUCAUUGGCGGUGCUUCGGUCAAUUUUGCAGUGGGAUAUGAAAGAAAAGAAGCCAUUGACUACCUGGGAGAAGAUUAUACAGGCUAUUAUCGGGCCAACUAUCCAACGACACAUGAGGCGCUCGCAUUCUUUUUUGACGACUAUGAGGACGCUUUCUGGGAGUCUCUAGAAUUUGACAAAGAGUUGAAGACUUUUGCUACCGCUGCCGCCGGUCCUAAGUACGCAGAUAUUGUUGCUCUGUCAACUAGGCAGGCAUACGGAGGAAUUGACUUGACAAUCCCUUACAAUUCGCUUGACACCGAUGAUGUGUUAGCGUUCAUCAAGGAGCUCUCUAGUGAUGGAAAUAUCAACACUAUCGAUGUGAUUAUGCCGGCAUUCCCAAUAUAUUGGGUUCUAGAUCCCGAUUGGAUUCGCUUAUUACUCGAGCCAGUGAUGAAAUACCUAGAUGCUGGUCGUUGGUCGUUACCGUACACUAUCCACGACCUGGGCUCACAUUAUCCACAUGCUGUUGGCCAUGAUGACCAAAAGGCUGAAGCGAUGCCAAUCGAGGAGUGUGGGAAUCUGCUGAUACUCGCACUGGCCUACGUACAAGCCACCGGAGAUACAGAUUGGACCGACCAGUACUUGGAGACUUUUCAACAGUACGCCGAAUAUCUUGUGGACAACAGUAUCAAUAUCGCCAAUCAACUUUCUUCCAAUGAUGCCGCGGGGCCUCUGCCAAACGAGACUAAUCUAGCAAUCAAGGCAGCUGUCGGAAUAAAAGCAUUUGGUGAAUUGAGUGGCAUCAAUUACUACUCUUCCGUCGGCGAUGAGCAUGCAGAUCUCUUCUUUACUCAAGGCUUAGGUACCGAUGAACAGCAAACCCAUUUUGUCCUUGAGUAUCCCGAUUUCCCUGACUCAUGGAAGACACCAUACAACAUAUAUCCCGAUCUUCUUUUGGAUCUGGAAACCUUCCCCCCAGAGGCACAUAAAAUGAGUAAUGAUUUCUUUUCAACUUCCGUGAGAGGAGAGUACGGCGUACCGCUCGAUAACAGGCAAGACUGGGCGAAGUCAGACUGGAAUAUGUGGUUGGCAAGCACAUUCGAUAAGGAAACAAAAGGCCAAUUUAUUGAUGACUUGUGGGCAUUCAUGACCAAUGGAAAGCAUAAUUGGCCAUUUUCAGAUCGCUAUGUCGCAACGUCGGCUCAUGGCAAUGAACCGGGUGUCCCAAUUCUGUGUCGAGCUCGGCCAACGGUUGGUGGUCACUUUGCUCCUUUAUCCUUACAUGGCCCGGCUUUAAUGAGUUCUCUAUCAACCACUCAUAAGCCUAGCAAACAAUCGAAGAAUACCAGCAUGGGGGUUGAUCGCAACUCCGAGCUGUGA